AUGUUAGUGAAGUCAGAUUCUUAUGAUUGCGUCUCCUCAAUCUCUGUUACAAAGACAAAGCUUGAUGAAGUUUCCUUGGAGAGGAAGAAAACGAAUACUUUUGAUGGGUCUCGAGUCCAAGAACUCGAGGAACACAUCAAGAAUCUCAAAGUUGGACUGAAGGAGGAGAAGAUCAAAACUGCUACGGUGUCGGACCUUAAAGAUGAGGUUUUGGAUCUUAAUGAUGAGGUUUUGGAUCUUAAAGAUGAGCUGAACAAGGAGAAGAUCAAAACUGCUACGGUGUCCGACCUUAAAGAUGAGAUCUUGAAUCUUAAAUAUGAGCUGAACAAGGAGAAGGGUAGAUCUAAUACUUGUGCUGCUGAGGUUUUGUCGUUGAAACAGACUGUGUUGGAUCUUAAAGAUGAGCUGAACAAGGAGAAGGGCAAAUCUGCUACCUGUGCUGCUAAAGUUUCAGAUCUUGAAGAUGUGUUGAACAAGGAGAAGGACAAAUCAGAUACUUGUGCUGCUAAAGUUUCUUCGUUGGAACAGAUGGUGUUGAAUCUCAGAGCUGAGCUGAACAAGGAGAAGGCAGCUGCUUGCUCUUGGGAAGUAUUGGAUUACGAUGAUCUCCCUAAUGAUAAGUAG